AUGGACGAGCAAAGAGUCAAGAAAUGGUUGGGCAAGUCCCCUGGAGGCACUGGCUCGCCCCUGAAAAAACCCAUCCGGCUGCUAGGCUCCUCAUCGCUGUUGGUGCAGUUUUCGGCUGUGAAAUACCCCGACUCCAGCCUGGGCCUGAGACCAACGCUGAUGUUCCGUGGCAGGGCAAACUCAUUACCAGCAAAGGUGUCCAAUCUACAGAGACGUCCCAGCGGCUCUGCCAGAAUUGGGCCCAUGGACAGGGCCAAUUCGCCCUACCAGCCAAUUUCCACCCCCGAGCCCGCGGAGAAUUAUGAAAAAUAUCAAAAUUACCUGAACUACAACCCCAACUCGCCCCCCUACCACGAGCUGUUCAUCCCGCCAUUGCCCACCGCCGCAGGCAUGCCGGUGGAGCCCAUGUCCACCGCACGGACCCACAGGCUCUCCCCCGUACGACAAGAGGACAAUGUGGACCAGCUAGCCACCUCGAUUCUUCACGUCAUAUCCGAUACCGAAAUCGAAUGGGUCAUGUGA